AUGCAUAACCACCACCACGCCCACCGGCACCACCACCAGCACCAGCACGGUAAAAGGGAGACGCUGUCAGGAAAUGCUCUCCUCGCUCGCUCAGCUCCCAUUCCUGACCAUCGGAUACCGCUGCUGGCGCUGGGUGGACGACUGGACGAACUGCCAUCCGUGACAGAACCGAUGGACCGGCCAUUGGCGAAGAGAGAUGCUACGACGCCGGACACCACACGGCUUGUCCCACGCAGAGAUGCGACCUGUAGCCCCGAUAACAAUGUCGGGAGGGACUGUGGACGCACGCUCACGGAAACUCCCACUCUCGCCAUCGCCCUCGGCGUUGCGAUCCCGCUUGUCUGCGCCUUCGUCGUCUUCUUCAUCCUGCACAGACGCCACGUCAAGAAACUACGGAAGGAAGAUGAACAGGACAAGAUGAAGGCCCUUGACUAUGGCCUCGACGAGGUCCCGGCCGCUUCAAGCGGUGCGAAGAUGAACAUGCCUCCAGGUCCCGGCUUCCCAGGCCAGGGAGCCGAAAAGGGAGGCCCCGGGAACCACCAGCCGGGGAUGUCUAUGGACUGGACCAUGGAGAGUCCCUAUUUCCUGCCUCCGGGCCUGCACAAGUCUCAGGAGUCGCUGCACUCGCUAUCCCGGACGCUGCCUGGUGGCGACAAGUACGGUCCGGCCUCUACUUUUGACACCCACGGCAGCAUGAGGUCGUCUCCCACGGGCCGUCGAGGCGGGAACAUGGACGACAACUCCAGCUACACGGCCGGAAGCAGUCGAAAUGUCGGCGGGCAGAGUCACGCACUCGGAGGUGAUGAUAUGUCUCAGAAUCUGCUCGGGAACGCGCAACGCAUGUCCACUUCUCCCCCCUUAGCGGCACCCCAGCCCCCUAAUUCACCGCCGGCAGCGCAUCUACAGUCAGACAACCGGUUCGACGAGCUGGGACUGCCGCCGUCGAACAGCCAGAGUCAGCUGGGCGGCACAGAGAACAAAGAGCCGGCCUUACGGAACAGCCAUAACUAUCUCGGCGCGUUUAUCCACAGCGGCGGCUCACAGUCGCCCGAUCUUCAGCAACAGCAGCAAGAACAAAACCACCAGCAAGAAAGGGAACACGUCGACCAUGUUGCUGCUCCUGGCGUUGCAUACUCGACCAAUGACGCACCAAAACUGGAUUUCGACCUGGGUCUAUCCAAUCAAACUACUACUGAUCUAUCUGAACAGCGUCGACACGUAGACACAGACAGCGACUACGGCGAUGACAGCAGCCACAACCACCACAGCAACAACCAGCCAACUCCCGGCCUACCACAGUUCAGCAUCAUGCCCGCCGAGGAGCCAAAAGCUCUGCCUGACCACCACCCACAGGAUGGAGAUGGCCACGGACAGUACGACCACGAACAUGCCGAAGGGGAAGACGGUACCGACAGCAUCCACGACGUUUAUGACCAGUACUACGACUCCAACCAUCUCAUAGAUACCCGCAGACUGACCAUGGGCAUCCGCCCACUGCCCCCCGAAGACCCGUCUGACAACCCCGAACAGCGAGCCAACCGCAUCCGAUCUUUCUACAAGGAAUACUUUGACGACAGCAAGCCCUUCCAGCAGGAAUACGUGGACGACUACGGCGCCGAGGUGCCUCCGCUGCCCAACCCGCCGCCGUUUGCCCAACCUCUGCCCCGUCGAGCCAUGACACCGCCGCCCCGAAUGCCCGGUGCCAGCGCCGGUGGCUUCCCACCACGCCGUCACCCGGGUGCAGGCCAUCGCCCGCCGCCCGGAAUGAACAUGGGCUUCGGCCACAGCGCGACCAACUCGCUCUCCAGCGCGCCGACACACAUGGGCGGUCCCAGGGCCUUCUCCUCCGCGUCCGGACGCAUGCCCCAGCCCCGACAGAAGAAGCCACUCCCUCCGCCGUCUCCCCUGCACGUCCUGCCGACCCCCCACAAGCUCAAGGACGACAUGUUCCUGCCCAUCGACUUUGCUCCGGCCCACCGAGCCAAGGACCGCCAGGCAGGCCGACCCGAGACGCCCCUCGGCGGACUGCAGCACUACAACCUCAUGGUGCCCUCCCAUAGUCCUCUCGUCUCCUCCUUCGACGAGCUUCCCGCCGUCCCCAGCCCACACGCCCUGCGUAAAUCCGGCACGUACACCGCCCUCGACUUUGCACCACCACCACGCUUCAAGAACGAAGGCAGCACCGCCGGCAGCGACGCAGGCUCCAUCCGCAGCCACCACACAGGCAUCUCAGCGAUGCAGGCGCAGAACAUCCGUACGGGAGCCUACCGCGUCAGUCGACUGCCUGCCGAGACGGUCGGGACCAGAGACGACUUCAGCUCCAACCUCAAGCCGCAGUGGGACAUGCGUAAAUAG